CGACAAUGAUCCUGACUUGGAAAGAGGACCUUAGGAGAUGAAAUAGCAUUUGCAUGGAUCCAACACUUCCAUGAGAAUUCAAGGAAGCGGCAGGUAAGUUUAUCAAUCAAUCUAACUAAUGACUUAGACUGGUAAAUAUCGACUACUCCUCCUUGACAACCAUGGAUCCCAUCUCACAUACGAAUUCGUUGAAUACGCUGAAAAGCAUCAAAUUAUCCUUAUUACCCUCCCACCACAUACAACUCACUUUCUACAACCGCUUGAUGGCAUCCCUUUCAAGCCAUAUAAGCAUUAUCAUGGUGAUGGUGUUCGUGAGGCAGCAAAGGAUGGGUAUGAUACUUUUGAGAGGCGGGAAUUCCUUGCAAAACUCCCUAGUUUUCGACAAAGGGCAUUUUCUGGAAGAACGAUCCGAUCUUCAUUCAAAUUAUGUGGCAUAUUUCCUUUUGAUCCAUCUAUUGUCUUGGAUCCAUUAAAAAGGAAGCUGUCUUUGGACAAUGAGAAUCCUCUGGAAAUGUGGUUGGAUAAGGGAAUGGGCCUACUGGGAGUUCUAAAUCUACUACUCCAUCAUUAAUUACCUCUUCACCAAAGACACUCCAGCGCUUCUUUCCCACCGCAUUUCAGCUUGAGCUUGCAUUGUUGUCAUAAGAAAAAAGUCAAAAAAAAAAAAAAAAAAA